AUGGUAUCUCCACGCGCCGAUCAAGAGUCUCUCAAGAUUAUUCUCACGAAGCUCAAUCGCCUCGAACUUCGUUUCAAUGAGAUCAAUAGCAGGCUAAGUGCCAUUGAAUAUUCCGUGGUAUCAGAUGCCAUCACUAGCUCUCCAACCAGCCAGUCCUUGGAAAACGGCAUAUGUACCUCAUGUGAUAUUCCUCGGCCAUUAUUUCAAAAAGACAGUUCACCAAGGCAUCGCGCUGCUUCGACAUACAGAGUAUCAGUCGAUAAACUUCGCCGCCGCUUCGAAAUUGAUAACUGCUCCGAAUUGGAUCCUAGAAUCCUUGAGGAAGAAAAAGCCAACUCUCCUGACAAUGAUGUGGAGGGAAUAAUCAACGAGGAUCACGAUAAUCGCUCUUCAUCGGCUGACCCUUCACGUUCGGUAUCCCGGCUUUCCCUUACUCCUUGUGAAACGGGGCCGAAUCGCGAUGUCCGCGAUAUUCCAUCUCUGCGAUAUGAAGACUUGAUGAUUCGCACGGAGGAAAUAUCGGACUCAGAGCCAAGUAGCUUAAGCAAUAGAAGCUCAGCAACGGGAUCAUUCUCGGAAACCCACCAACCACCCAGUACGGCUCGGACAUCAUUCACCCAUCGAUCAUGGGCUGGUAGCAGGCGAAGCUCAACCACCGACGCUUUCAGCAAAAUGAGGGGGUCCCUUCGACGUGCAGGUUCCCUGAGAUACGGGGAAGGCCCCCCGGCGGCGAGAAACGGAGGUGCUCUUGUAGGGAUGACACAAGACAUGCCUGUUGCUGCAAAGACAUCCUACAUGAGCGCUGAGGAACAAGAAGACGUGCUGCGUGUGUAUCAGAAAGCACAGAAGAGUGCUAAAGCAUGCGUCGCUUUUGGCAAAAGGCUCAUGUACAGAAUAGGCAAACGCAUGGUUAAUCUGUCAGCAAUUGAAAAAGCUUGA